UUUGCGUAAUGGAUGAAGAACCAAUAUGGACACUUCUGAAAGACUGGAAAAUCAAUCUGUUCCUGCUCAUACCCUUCGGAGUUGCAAUGUCAGCUGCAUUCUUGUGCUUUUGCUAUUACUGGUACCAGUGUGUUCGCGAUCGUCGAAGAGCUCAGAUCGAAAAGCGGGUACUUCCUUUGCCCCUGAGUCGAAUUUCAAUACGUCCCGGUGGCUCCUUAGUUGAAAACACAAUAUCGAUUCACAGCAACAACAGCGCAGACAAAUAUUAA